GCCGCCGCCACCCCACCACUGUCCAUCCCCGCCGCGAUCGCACUCCCUUCUCGGCCCUUCCAGAAGCUUCUCGGCCCCCCGUCCCUCUCCACCUCCGAGCGCCCCCGAUCCGCCAGCGGCCGGCCGGGAACCCGACCGGGCAGGGAUGGGGUUCAUCGGCGCGCACGGCGUGGAGACGCUGAAGCGGUACAAGUACAGCGGAGAGGACCGCUCGGUGGUAGCGAAGUACGUGCUGCAGCCCUUCUGGCGCCGAUGCGUCGCCUUCUUCCCGCUUUGGAUGCCACCAAAUAUGAUCACACUCACAGGAUUUACAUUUCUAGUUGUGUCAGCGUUGCUUGGCUAUAUAUAUUCGCCCCGCCUCGAUACAGCUCCCCCUAGGUGGGUCCAUCUUGCCCAUGGAUUACUUCUCUUCUUAUACCAGACUUUUGAUGCUGUUGAUGGUAAACAAGCGAGGCGCACUAGCUCAUCAAGUCCUCUAGGAGAACUUUUUGAUCAUGGAUGUGAUGCUCUUGCCUGUGCUUUUGAAGCCUUGGCCCUUGGAAGCACCUUGAUGUGUGGAGGAUUGACAUUCUAUUUCUGGGUGGUUGCUGCUGCCCCAUUCUAUCUUGCAACCUGGGAACACUUCUUUACAAAUACUCUCAUUCUUCCUGAAAUAAAUGGACCAACGGAGGGCCUGAUGCUGAUAUACGUAUCCCACUUUUUUACAUUUUUUACUGGAGCUGAAUGGUGGGCACAAGAUUUUCGGAAAUCACUACCCUUUUUUAGUUGGAUUCCAUUUCCAUUUUCUGAAACCCCCUUGUACGUUAUUGUGCUGAUUAUUAUGCUCGUGUUUGCUGUGUUCCCUACCGUUAGAUCCAAUGUCAGAAAUGUCCGAGAUGUAGUUGAGGCGCGAAAAGGAAGCAUGGAACUGGCGCUAGCGAUGAUCCUUCCUUUUAUUGCACUGGUAGCUGGAGUUGCUAUCUGGUGCCAUCUUUCUCCUUCAGAUAUUAUGAGGAAUCAGCCACAUUUGCUUGUGAUUGGAACUGGCUUUAAUUUUGGAUAUUUGGUGGGAAGAAUGAUACUUGCUCAUUUGUGUGACGAGCCCAAAGGUCUAAAAACUGGGAUGUGCAUGUCACUGGUGUUUCUUUGUUUUCCACUUGCAAAUGCUCUCAUUGCAAAGAUCAAUGAUGGGACUCCUUUAGUUGAUGAGCUUGUGCUUCUUCUUCUGUAUUGUGCAUACACAGUGGGUCUUUACAUGUACCUUGCUGUUUCGGUUGUGCAUGAAAUCAAGGAUGCUCUUGGAAUCUAUUGCUUCAGGAUAACUAGGAAGGAGGCUUGAAUGUGUUGUGAAUUCUUGCUAGGGGUUGUAAUGCGUAUUUAUCUGGUCACAAGAGUGUACUGUACACUACCGAUUGCUGAUGUAUAGUAGCAAUAGGGUCCUUCGAAGUUAGGAUGAAUGGAUAUGGGUAGUGUUGAAAACUUUAAAACCAUGCUUGGAUAUGGUGGUUGUAGCUGGUACAUGUAACUUCGGUUUACUCGAUUUUUUUGUUUAGCCUGGAUGCAUUAUAUUUA